AUGAAUGCCUCUGGGUGUGACUCAAAUGACACAAGUCAGCCAUGGCAGCCACAACCUGUGGAAUUAGGGACUGCAUCCAAGGUGGCCCUUAUUGAACAGCCAAUGCAGAGGGCAAGCAGUGAGACAGAAGUUCAUGCGGUGGUUCUAUCAGAAAUGGGACUACAGUCAAGCCACCGAGCUAAAGAGCCAAAUAAGGUUCCAUCUGGGGCAGCAAAAGCCCGAGGUGUCAAGACUGCCUCGAAGGCCAGCACUCCAGCUGAUAAGCCAUCCUCUACCAGCAGGGUCAAGCCCAUCAAUUUGAGUAAUAACAAGGACACUGCAGUCAUGGUCUGGAACAAGAGCAGCAGCAGCAGUCUUGAAACCAGCACAAGUGAACAAGAAGUUGACAAGGUGAAGGGAGUGGCUGUAGCCAAAAACAAAGAGAACCACAAGCCACCAUCUGCCAUUACGCAAAGCACAGCUCCAGCAAAGAAAGGAAAGACAAUAUCCAAGCCAAACCGUCCACCGCAUGAGAUGGUGCCACCAAAAGCACCCCCUCCAAAGAAGUCCGGUUUCAAGGUUCCAAAGAAAGAAGUAACCUCAAAAGCAGAAGCAAAGCAUUUGCAAGCUGCUGCACUAGUUAAUGGAGGUCAGCCAGGGGCAAGCACUAGCAAAGUGGCCGAGGCGAAGCUGCAAGCUUCAGUGGCAAACCUGAACAAAGCUAACUCGAAAGCUAGUUCCAACAAAGCAACCGAGGCAAAGCCACAAGCCGCGACAGCAGAAGCGAAUGCAACUCACUCCAAAGCUGGUACCAGCAAAGCAGCUGAGGUUAAUCUGCAGGCUGCCCCAUCACACCUCAAUGAUGUGCCACCAAGGGCAAGCACCAACACGUCGUCAACUGACACAAAUACACAAGCUGUGCUGGUGAACACAGACCAAGCCCAGCCGAAGUUGAGCACUGGCUGCAUAGUCGACUCGGAAGACAGCGACUUUGAGUCACUCUCAAACACGCAGGAGCUCACGUUUGAGGACACGCUGUCUUCAAUUUCCCAGAGCUUAGAGAUGAGCCAGGAAGAGGAUUCAGACUUUGCUAGCUUGGAAGGCGUGGACGGCUCACAGCCAUUUGACAUGGAAGAGUAG